AUGUCAGAUUUAUCGGAUGAAUUAACUGGUCAAUUACAACAAGCAAUUGCCACUUUAUAUGGAAAUUCCGACCCUUCUUUAAGAUCGCAAGCCAAUGAUUAUUUACUUACGUUCCAACGCUCAGAAGAGGCAUGGAAACUCAUUUUUCCAUUACUGGUGGAUCAGAAUUCUGGAUUAGAGAUGAAGGUUUUUGUGGCCCAGACUCUUCGAUCUAAGGUGCAGUAUGAUUUCGGCCAGCUUCCCACGGAAACACUUUCUUCGCUUAAAGAUUCAAUAAUACAAGCUAUGAUAUACUUCAAUGACAAACAGAGAUUAAUAACUACACAAUUGUGCAUUUCUAUGGCUUAUUUUGCUCUCCAGGAUUUAACUUGGACUAAUGCUAUUUCAGAGGUUAUGUCUUCCCUUUAUCCAAAUGCCAUGAACACUUUGCUUGAAUUUCUUAAAGUGUUGCCGGAAGAAAUGCUUGAUGUUCGUCGCACACCUCUUACAGAGGGGGAAUUUCAGCUUCAAACCAAAAAUUUGAUUACAAAUAACGUCGAAAAAAUACUUUAUAUAUUGACAACACUUUCAGACAACAAGAACAACAAUUCUGCGGAGACCAAUCAGCUUUUAUUGGGAUGCAUACAAUCAUGGAUUAUUGAAACUCCAAUCAAUCAAAUACUUUCGAAUAGCUCUUUAUGCUCCUUGAUAUUUGAAGGACUUGCAAAUGAGCAAACCUUUGACACUGCGGUGGACUGCCUUUCUACUAUUAUUGGCGAGACAGAUACAUUUGAUGAACAGAGUUUACCUAUGGUCAAAAACUUAUACGAACGUUUGAUAAGCUUGCAAUUGCUAUUAAAACAAAGCAAGAAUGACUUGGAGCAGAUGGAGAGACUUGUAAUGCUAUUUUCCACCGCGGCCGAGUCGUGGCAUGCAUAUAUAGCGGCAAUGCCAUAUGAUUUCAAACCAUUGGUCGACAUCAUGCUUCAAUUAUCAUCGUAUGAAGAGGAUUUAGAUGUGGUUAAAUAUACUUUCAAGUUUUGGUACGAUUUGAAGUCUUUGCUUACGACUGGUGCUAGAGAGGAAGCCAGAUCCGCCUUCACACCAACGUAUACAAGCCUUUUAGCAAUUAUGAUUAAACAUCUUCGGUAUCCCUUGGAAUCAGAAUCAACGGAUUUGGCUGUUUUGUUUAAUAACGACUUAGAAGCUGAGGAUAAAUUUAAAGAUUUUAGGUAUGAUAUGGGUGACGUGUUGAAGGACUGCUGUGCAGUUAUUGGGGCAGAAAAGGCAUUGGCCAUUCCAUUUUUGAGACUUCAGGAAUUAAUGCAGAUGCAAGCGAAUGGCCAGCAAGUGAUGUGGCAAGAAAUAGAAGCUUCACUUUUUAGUAUGCGUACAAUGGCUAAGGAAGUCAGCACAAAUGAAAAUAAAAUGCUACCUCAGAUUAUGCAUUUCUUGGUGAAGUUGCCAGAAAAUUCAAAAGUGAGGUAUGCAGCUACUCUUGUGCUCGGAAGGUACACAGAAUGGACAUCAAAACAUCCAGAAUUUUUACAGGAGCAACUUGAUUACAUCAUGGCGGGAUUUCAACAAAAACAGGAUGUUGACGUUAUUAUGGCUGCUUCACAUGCACUGAAGUAUUUUUGUAUGGACUGUGCUUCGCUGCUUACGGAAUACUUGGAAACACUUUUUAAUUUUUACUCAAACGUUCAAGGACUUCUCGACAUUCAAUCACAAUAUGAAUUUACCCAGGGUAUUGCGUAUGUUUUGAAUGAGGUUAGGGAUUCAGACAGGCUAUACAAAAUUACAGGGAUGUUCUGGAAGCCAACACUGGAACAGCUGUCCACCCUUUGUGAGAUGCAUUCAUCGAAUACUAAGACUAUGGAUGAGAUAGAUACUAAGAUCGCUGAUACAAUCGAGUUGAUCACAAUUUAUGUGGAUUCAUUAAAGCCCCGCAGCUUCAGCUGCGAGACAAAUCCCGUUGCUAAAAUAUUAAUGGAAAACGUUUGGCCGUUAAUAGAGAGAUUGGUCACUAGCCACGGAAGGUCGGUAAAGGUGAGUGAAAGAACAAUGAGGUUAGUUCGAACAGCUAUUCAGAUUCUUCGUAACUACAUGCUCCCGGUGUUGCACCAAACUUCAGAGAUGCUUGUAUACGGCUUCAACAAGUAUCGUCACGGAUGUUACCUUUGGGUUUCCGGCUCUUUAAUAAAAGAAUAUUCAUCUGAUGAGGACACAGGAGAACAUGUUGCAAAUGCAGUUUGGCAGUUUGCAAUUCAUCAAAUACAAACUUUUCAUAAAUUUUUCACCGGAUUAGAUGAACGUGAGAUUGAAAAUUACCCAGAUUUGAUCGAAGAUUUCUAUAGAAUGAUGGGAGAUAUUUUGAUGUUUUCCCCUGCGAGGUUAAUACGGGAUGAUGUAAUAGUUGAGCAGGUUUAUCGUACAGGUGUGAAGGCAUUAGAGAAAUACCAUGAGUAUGGAGCAAUUUCAACUGUCCUUCAAUUCCUCAUUGACUUAUAUUCAUGGGGAUUUGAAACCCCACCAAUUUCAUUGAUGGAAAAUAUUCCCGAGGAUUUGAAAAUGAAAAUUAGGGCAUUUGCGAUGAAUACAGGCGAGGAGAUAAUUUCAAAAUUGAUGUAUGGGUUGAUUUACUCAUUUCCUUCUGAUUGCUGGCCGGAGGCAAAUGAACUCAUUUCGAAGAUAAUAAAGCUUGCAUCGCUUCAGGGUGACUUCAAGACACCAUUAAUGUGGCUUGAUUCGUGCUUGUCCUCUUUACAAUCAAAUUCUGUCGGAGAGAAGGAGAAGCUAAAGCUUUUGGGUAGUGUUGAGGCAGCGUUGAACACAAAGGAUAGCAGAGGUGUCAGAGCUAGUAUCAGGGACUUCGUUAGUUGGUACAAGAGGAAAAAUGUUGAUCGUCGGUUUUAA